AGCGGCUUGCCCAGGUAUAUGAGAGCGCACCGGCGUCUCCCGACAGGUAGUACGAUUCGCUUUGUUGCAGCCGUACUCGUGGGACGCUAAAAUUACAGAUUCGAGAUGCGUCACCACGCAUUCCUGGCUCACCUGCUUCUGCUAGUGGCCGCAUGCGGAGCACAGAAGCUACUUACUCUAGAAGAAUGCAAAGACAAGAGCCCCGCCUUCAAGAACGUCACCAUUUCGCCUUGCGACAAAGAUCCUUGCGUGAUCAAGAUAGGCGAGAAAUACAACGUCAGCUUCUCCUUCGAAGCGACUAGCGACGCAGACUUCUUGAUGCUGACCACGGUGGACCAACAGCAAGCCGACACGACGAGCGUCCAGUCCGCGCGCUCGAUGAGCUGCCACUUCGUCGACCUGCCUUGCAACGUGACCAAGGGGGAGGUCGUCCAAGGAUCAACGACACUGAGACUGUACGGUGCAUUCAUGCCCGGCAACAUGACCUACGAGCUUGAUGUCGCCGGGGACAAGGAAACGCUCGCAUGCGGAGUCGCCCAGCUGACCGUCGAAUGAACGGUUCGAUCGAAGACGAGUCACGUGACACAGAGAAGAAACGCUCAGGCCCAGCUUACCAUGCUUGCACGAGCAGACUGCUGCCAAGCUGCUUUCGCCGAGGGACGUGAAGCCGAACUGCCGCUUAUUUCUUCACUCAGCAUUCAUUGGUGGUGUGACCUGGAAUCAACGUGCACAUUUAAUGCUGUGUCGUCUUUAAUGUCUGUUUUCGAUCUAGCCGCUCAAGUUUGCGAAAAUGUACACGACUAAAUUGUUGAUAUGCAGUGUGCCCUUCGACACGCGCUGAAUAUGGCAGUUUAUCAGGACAAUGCUUAAGUGAAUAAAGGUAGCAGCAUGAAUGGAUUUGCAUGUUAUUUUGUUAUUGCUUUCUUUAUGCCAAGGUAUUGCUGGUAAAGUGAAAAGCAAAGCUACAGGGUUUCGUUCGCUGUUAUCUACUGCACGCUAAGUGUUCUUGCUUAUUUCCUUAAUGCUUUUUAAAUAAUUUCUAUGCUUGCUGAUUUUUUGGUUCAUCUGCUUUAUAAACUAAUCUUGUAGCACUUGUACACCAACACACUUCUGUAUUUUUACGCUGUUACAAUAAAUGUCAAACACCAAAAUAUA